GCGCUGUGUUGGAAGAUUCCUACAAAAAUGGAGGCGAAGUGAAAUUUAGUUGGGGGGUGUGUGGUUCCCAGCUCUUCAAAUAAAUAUUCGGGGCUCAUUCGGACAAGUGACAACAGGUUUUUAUUAUGCCCAAAGAGAAGAAGAAAGAGAAGAAGAAGAAACACAGAGACAAGACUGUGGUGGAGGUGCGCAAACAUGUCACAACGUUCUACGAGCAGGCACCACCAGGUCUUAUCAAAGAAAAUGAGGAGAAGCCAGAAGACUGUAUCCCAGACCUGCCGCAGAACCAGGGAGCGCGGGACUUCCUGGCCCAUGCUCCUACCAAGGGGCUCUGGAUGCCGCUCGGGAAGGAGGUCAAGGUCAUGAAGUGCUGGAGGUGUAAGAAUUACGGACACAGGACAGGAGACCGUGAAUGUCCCCUGUUCAUCAGUGGAAACACACAGAUCGAACAGUUCAGAGUCUUACAUGAGGACCCCAUGUAUGGCUACAUCAAGGAAACCAAAGAGAAGGAAAAGGAAGACAGGAUACAACAGCUGAAGGCUCUCCUAGACUCCUCCUCCUCAGACUCAGAGAGCUCCAGCUCUGAAGAUUCCUCAAGACACAGGAAGAAGAAGAAGAAACACAGGAAGAAGCACAAGAAACAUUUGAAGAAGUCUCGAGAAGACUCCAGUGACGAUGCCAGUAGUAAUGAUAACUCUCCAGGAAGAAAGAAGAAGAAGAAACGUAAACACAGCACAAGUGGAAAGGACUACUCGAGUGAAGAGGAUCGCAGAAAGAGAAGGAAAAGCCACAGAGAAGAUGACAGGCAUGAGAGAAGGUACUCUAGGAAGGAUUCCACAGACAGUAAGGAUAGGAGAGAGAAGGACACAGAAGGUAGACAUCACGAACAUGGUAAACACAAGAGGAGAGACUAACAGUAACAGGCAGGUAUGGGGAUACAGGAUGUCAGGUUUGCUACUGUCGUAAAAAGUUUAAAAAGCAGAGAUGAAGCGUCUAAACCAAUCUUGGGGAUCGUUUACAUUCCCCAAAACAUAUGUUAUUGGUGGACUGGUUGCCAAAGACUUUUAAUUUCCAUUGGUUGAAAUGCUGAAGAGGCUUCAACUUAUUCAAGAGCUUUGGGGCCUUUGGCAUAUUCGUUCUGUAUCAGAAACCUGUAUGCCAAUGGUUGUAUUCCUGUUUAUAGCAGAUGUUAGAUACUGCUAAUAUGAAGGAUUAUCUGCAAACAAUAUACAUGUAGCUAUGAUUGCACAGUAUUACUUGUAUCAAGAUUAUGCUAUAAUCUUCAUAGAGAAGGUUCGGAUUACUUCGGAAAAAUUUGAAUUGCAUGAGAUAAAUUUCCCCUUGCUUCAGUGGUUGGAGUUGUUUUAUUGGAUCAUGUAGAUAGUAUGGAUAGUAAUUAAUAGCGGAUGUUGGAAAGUAAAAAGACUUUUUUUUCCUUGGAAAAAAGACUUUCAAGAAAAAGUUGCUGACAAACAACCAAAAUGUACAUAUAUUCAUUGAUUUGUUGGAUUUAAUACAGAAUCAUUAAUAGAGA